UCAAGUGAAGGCGAAGUAUAGUUUUGUAUUUAUUUUAUGCCCUUAUUAAACAAACCGGCUGUAAAUAUAAUAUAUACUGUUGAAGUAAAAACUUAGAUCCUUAAACCAUGGGAGGUAUUAGGAAGUUUAAGAAUAGAAAGACUAGAAGACAAGAGAGGAAUCAGAGUAGGGAAAGCAAACCAAAAAGAGUACGUGGGCCUUAUUCAGAAUUGGUGAGAGAAAGUGCAGGGUUCGAAAAAUAUUACAAGGCCCAAAAUAUCGUCCCUGAGUCAGAGUGGGAAAGUUUCCUCAACGCUCUUAGACAAGACUUGCCCGCUGCUUUCCGUAUAAGUGCUUGCAAUGAGAAAGAAGCAGCAAUCCUAUUGGACAUUGUGGAAGGGAGUUUUUUCAAAGGACUGAUCAACACUGACGAUCCUGAAGAAGAAAAGAAGAAACCAUUUUGCUUGCCAUGGUACCCGAAACGGCUGGGAUGGCAAGUACCAAUAUCCCGCAAGGAUAUCCGUCGAUCAGAGACGUACUUCAAGCUUCACAACUUUCUUAUGUCCGAGACAGACUCAGGCAACAUCAGCAGACAAGAAGUGGUCAGCAUGAUACCUCCUUUGGUUCUUGACGUGCAGCCUCAUCAUAAGGUACUCGAUAUGUGCGCAGCGCCAGGCUCCAAGACGGCCCAGCUGAUAGAGAUGAUGCACACUGGUGACAGUGUGCCCAGUGGUGUUGUGAUUGCCAAUGACGUGGACAACACAAGGUGUUACAUGCUGGUACAUCAGGCCAAGCGGCUCAACAGUCCGUGUACUUUGGUGACCAACCACGACGCUAGCAUCAUGCCCAACAUCUACCUGGAGAAAGAGGACGGAAGCUCUGAGAUUAUGAGGUACGAUCGUAUUCUCUGUGACGUUCCAUGCACCGGAGAUGGCACCAUGCGUAAGAAUCCCGACAUCUGGACAAAGUGGAACCCUGCCAACUCGAAUAAUUUGCAUGGUGUACAAAUGCGGAUAGUGAAAAGAGCCUUAGAGCUCCUGGCAGUGGGUGGAAGAUUGGUUUACUCAACGUGUUCCCUCAACCCACUAGAAGACGAGGCAGUCAUUCACAGAACUUUAGUUGAGGCCAAAGGUGCUGUGGAGUUGCAGGAUGUCUCUCAGAGUCUGCCAGGACUGAGGCACAGCCCUGGAGUGUCGCAUUGGGUCCUGGCGUCCAAAGAGACGGAGAUCUACAAGACCUUUGAGGAAGUACCAGAGUCUCUACACAACAUGAUACGUCCGGCGAUGUUUCCUCCCAAAGCAGAGGAUGCUGACAAGUACCAUCUGGACAGAUGCAUGAGGGUUCUACCUCAUCACCAAGACACCGGUGGAUUCUUCAUCGCAGUUCUCGUAAAGCUGUCACCGCUACCGUGGGAGUCGUCCAAGUCCGCAGAAGCUGGUAACGGAGACGUUGUUGAGAAAGAGAGCGUCAAAACUAACGGCCCUCCUCAGAAGCGACGGAGAAUACAAGGCUAUCGUGAGGACCCGUUUGUGCUCUUUAAAGAAGAAGAACCUGUCUGGCCUAUCAUAAGGGAUUUUUACGACAUAAAACCAGAGCUGCCGUUGGACUGCAUGCUCACAAGAUGUGCCAGUGGAAAGAGGAAGAAUAUUUACUUUGUCUCCCCGAUUAUCCGAGACAUUCUGAACAAAAACCAGGAAAAAGUCAAGAUCAUCAACGCUGGUGUUAAGGCAUUUGCUAGAUGUGACAACAAAAACAGUGAAUACUGCUUUCGUCUGGCUCAAGAGGGACUGGCCAGUAUAGAGCCGUUCCUGGGUCAAUGCCGCAGAGUAUUGGUUACCAAGGAUGACCUGAUCAAGCUGCUCAUGUGUACAGAUCCUACACAUCCCCCAGAGACUGACACACUACAUCCAGACACACAAGAGAGGCUCAAAGACUUUGGAGGUGGUAGCUGUGUGUUGGAGUACCGAGGAGAAGACGGUCUCAACCUAGACCUGGUGGGUUGGAAGGGGAAGUGUUCAUUGAGAGCCUACGCCAACCAAGCCGACUGUGUCCACUACCUGAGACUUCUCGGCGGAGACACGUCAAUGUUUGAAAAAAAUAAAUUCAAGAAAGAAGAGGAGAUGAAAAUAUUUCUAGGAAAUGAAAACGAUGAUGAAGGUAGCAAGGACUCAGAAGUUGAAGAAAAAAAUGAAUUUAAGGAGGAGGGGAUGAAAAUUUGUCUGGGAGAUGAAAACAGUGAAGAGACAGAAGUUAAAGACGUUCCAGAAACAACUGCUACAACUUAACCACAAAUAUCUUAGUUGAAUUACAACUUUGUAUCCAAAACUUUGUAAUCCAGCUAAGAGGGUUUACUUAUUCAGAAAUGUAUACUUUUACAGUGUCGACUCGCUUGUUUUAGGUAUAAAUAAAACAUUUGUUUAAUUUGUUA